AAUACGGUUGGACUCCGAUGGAAGCCGUGGGGUAUGUCAAGGAGAAGAGAAAAAUUGCCAAUCCGAAUUUUGGAUUUGUAAAGCAGCUCUAUGAGUAUGGACGGGAAGCACUAGGUAAAAGAGGGCUUAUCGAAGGGAUGUAGGUUGGAGACGAACGAAACGGAGCAAAAAGGCCUCACGGAUGGUCCUAUCGGCGGUGGAAAGACACCGCAUAAAUAUUCGUCCAGUCGUACGACCUUCAGCUAUUCGUGCUGAGACGCAUGCUCAGCAAGGAUAAGCGACGGUCCAUGCGGCUGGUCGGUCCACUUGUUCUUCGAAAGCAUGGGCACCAAACAAUUCCAACUCCCACUCAAAUUUUUAAAUCUUGUCGUACAAAUAUUACACGUUGUUUGAUGACGCUAUGGGUCCGACAAAUUCCUGUCUCUCUACUCUCUGACCUUUGUAUGAACGUAUUUCUCUCUUCUUCGACGUUCGUUUAUUGUUCAUCUAACUUCAUAAUUUUUCCUUAUCAUUAUCCUAUAUUCCAUAUAGUUCAAUGUACGUCCGAGCCAAAUCCAUCUUUCCAUUGCAUAUGUGUUUCUCUUUAUUCUAUCUUUCCAUCCGCUUACGCAGUGUACAUAGUAACAUGCAUAUCCAUAUCACAUUCAUUGUUCAUACGUUUACAUGUACUUCUACCACUCCCUCGAUAUUCUAUACGAGCUUACUGUAUGAUUCAAUUUCACGUUUCGUCUGGCAUUCAAUGACAGUUCUGUAAGUACUUACCGUUGCAUGGUUUCCCCAGGCUCUUGUCAUUUGGGGGAAAUACGGCGGGUGCCAGUGUAUGUAAUUUA